CAGCCUCCUCGCCCCUGCCCCACCGCUCAGCCACCCUCCCUGACCGGUUCAUUAUAAAGAGCGGCGCCUCGCAUUUUCCUCAGUGUAGUCCCUGCCACGUAGCAAGUAACCUGUGUUCCUCCUGGGCAUCAAAUUCCAAUCUUGCAGCAUCACCAUGGCAACUCCACUUCGCUGGGGCAUCGCGGGGGCCGGCAUGAUCUCCUCGGACUUCUGCGCGUCCCUGAAGGCGCUGCCGGCGGGGGAGCACGAGGUGGUGGCCGUGGCCGCGCGGAGCAUCGAUUCCGCCAAGAAAUUCGCGGCAAGGCACAAGAUAAAGAAGGCCUACGGAGCUUACGUCGAGCUCUCCAAGGACCCUGAUAUCGAUAUUGUGUACGUGGGCGUGAUACAGAACUUCCACUUGGAGGUCGCGUCCAUGAUGAUGAAAGCUGGCAAGCAUAUGCUGUGCGAGAAGCCGCUGUGCAUGAACGUGAGGGAGACCAAGGAGCUGCUGGCGGUGGCGAAGCAGAGCAAGGUCUUCAUGAUGGAGGCGGUGUGGUCGAGGUUCUUCCCGGCCUACAAGGAGCUCGGGCGGCGGCUGAAGGCGGGCGAGAUUGGGGACGUGGUGUCGGUGAUCGCCUCCUUCGGCAGAGACCUCCCUGAUAUCACGAGACUGCACGCCAAGGAGACAGGCGGCGGAGUGACGCUGGACAUCGCCCUUUACCCCACCCAGCUGACGUGUCUGGUGAUGGGCGGCGAGAUGCCCGAAAAGAUCCUGGCGACCGGGCACCUCAACGAAAACGGUGUGGACGAGACGAUUACGGCUUCGCUACUUUACUCUAAGCGCCGCGUAGCCUCCAUCACUGCCUCCUUCAGGGCCGACCUGCCCUCGGAGGCUUACAUCGUCGGCACGAAGGGCACGCUCAAGGUUCCUUACCCCAUCUGGGCCGCGGACAAGGUGGAGGGACCGUCGGGCAACUUCUGUCAGCCGCUGCCGGUGACGGGGGAGGAAUUCGUGUACCCCUUCGGUCAGGGGAUGAUGUACGAGGCGAUGGAGGUGCGCCGCUGCAUCAAAGAAGGUCUGCUGGAGAGCCCCGGGAUGACCCACAAGGACACCCUCACCCUCGCCACCAUCCUGGAGUCCAUACGUAAACAGGCAGGCACCGUGUACCCCCAGGACUCCGUCUAGGCCCGAGGUGGUGAUGGUGUUGGCCCUCGACUUGAAGGUUGAUGGAUUGCUCGUGCUCACAAAACUCCAUUAUGCAUUUGUGUCUUUAUUUCACUGCCUUGCCUGCUCAUGCUUGGAUCAACAGUUGUGUUUGCUUUGAUUUAGCUUCUCUACUGAUUUAUGAUACCAUUGAAUGACUUACUUGUCUGUCUGAACAAAUAUAUAAGUGACCAUUAAAAAACGCUGUCUUUUAGAUGAUUUCUGCUUCAGACAUCAUAGUUCUGGGAAGGCCAACUGUCUGUUUUAGAGACGAUAAAUGUUUACAGUAUC